GUGAUUUAGUGCUACUAGCUUUCUCAAGGACGUUGUCACCAUGCCCUCGCACAUGCAAUUUAGCUGGGUCGUAUUUCUGUGAUAAUUCGGUUAGUAGAGGUUGUUUCUUUAUAAGGCAUACUAAUUAGUUAUAUUCUACUUUAAUUUCGCGAUUUAUCUUGAUGUUACCUAUCUUUCUUUAACAUUCAAAGUUAUUUAAAUAACUUGGGGGUUAGGAAAUAAUUAUUUCCUAAUCCCUAAUCUUCCGACUUUGGAGAGAGUUCUGUCAGUUAUGGAGAAAUUCCAGGGGACUUUUGGGUUUUCUUCAAGACUUCCCUAGACUUUGGGGAAACCCCAAAAUUGGAUGUCAGCUGAUUUUCUAUUUGAGACUACUUGAGUGUUUAAAACCGAGCACAUUAUGAGUAAAAGGGUAUUUAGUAUGAUUCAUUCACAGUAUUUGUAUCAUUUUGGCUAAGAAGAAAACCAUCUGCUUCUGUCUGAGCACUCAGGUAGUAUCACAGUACACACACUGAUCAAAUGACAGUUACUACUGGAAAUAUUAUUCAUUAGGGUUCUCAAAGUCAUGUCCUGUUAACCCCAGGAUUGCUUAUAAAAAUACUUAGCUCGGUAGCGCCACAAGUAUUUCGUCUAGUUAUGGAUUAUCUGAGUCUUUAAAAAGGUGAAUAAUGUUGAGAGAAAGUUUCAAAUUUCCUUCUUUAUUGAUUUUGCCGAAUUAUUUGCCUAUAAUUUUGCCACUACAUAAAAAGGCGUAGUUUGUAGAGUUGGUAGCUGUCGGAAACGUAUGCAGUCAGGUUCUUAAUGGUAAGCUUUGUAUGUCACUUCCUGACAUUUUACUAGCCCUUUAUUAUUUAUAUUUCCUUGGUAUUGAUUCUGUGUAUUUUUCUGGACUGGUAUCGGUAUUCCUUCAUAGCUAAUCUGAAACGAGGGAGAGCAGCUGACCCAGAUGGAUUAACGCCAGAGGUUUUUAAGGAUGGUGGUCCAGUUUGAGCGAUUAGGUUGAUCAAUACCUUAGCCAAAAUCUGGGAACUGAAUGUAAUUCCAUUUGACUGGUCUCAAUCAUUGACUGUCGCAUUAUAUAAGGAGUCAAAAUCAUCCCAUGGUAACCAUAGAGAGAUCAGUUUAACUAAUAUAGCAUAUAAAAUACCAGCCUCCAUAAUUAUCGGACGCCUAUCAAGGAUUCGUGAACUGCAAAAACAUGGGAAAAUCAGGCUGACUUCAGACAUGGUCGGGGUCGCAUCAAUCGCAUGUUCACCAUUCGUCUGAUUCUAGAACACAGGCAUGCUUAUCGGUGUCCGGCAAUGAUGGUUUUUCUUGACUUAAAAGCAGCAUUUGACUCUGUAGAUCGAGGAGUUCUGUGGCAGUGUCUAUAAUUGAAAGGCGUACCUCAGAAGUACAUAAGCCUUGUAAAGGCUCUUUACUCGAACACUGCCAGUCCAGUCAAAGAUUAUGGUGAAAUGUCGUCUGAUUUUGCAACGUCAAGGCUGUUCACUAUCUCCAUUUGUUUGAUUUCAUCAUAGACCUACUACUGGAAGUAACGUUCUUGUCGAAAUUGAUCAACCAGGAGGUCCACAUAUCGACUUAGAAUAUGCAGAUGACAUAGUCCUGUUUGAGAAAGACGCUGAUAAACUGCAGUUUUUUUUGGUAGCACUGAGCAACAAUGCUAGGAUGUUUUAGAUGAGCUUCUUUCUCUCUAAAUGCAAGUUGCUGCUUCAGGACUGGUCUGCGUCAACACCUGAACUAAGGAUAAGGAGUGAAGUAGUCGAACAAGUUGACAAUUUCACUUAUCUUGGAAGUCUGACCAGCACAAAUGGGUUGGUGUCUGACGAAGUCUCAACACGAAUUCGAAAGGCUCGUUUGGCUUUCGCCAACUUACGUUACCUGUAGUGAAGGUGAGAUAUCCGUCUAUCAACAAAAGGACGAGUAUACUGCGCGGCAGUUCGUUCUGUUUUACUUUACGGCAGCUAAACAUGGCCAUUAAGAGUAGAAAAUACUCGUAAGCUACUAGUAUUUGACCACAGAUGCCUUGGAAAUAUCGCUGGCAUCUGUUGAGACCACUGGGUAAGUAAUAGUGAGGUCAGAUGCAGAGUAUUAGGGAAUGAUGGUAAGUCAGUUGAUGAGGUUGUGAAUCUUCAUCGACUGAUAUAGUUGGGCCACGUAUCACGCAUAACUGACCACCGAUUAUCACAGUGCACAAUGCUGACUGGUGUUAGGGACGGAUGUAAGGAAGUUGGGGGUGGUCAAAUGUAGACGUGGUACCAGUCCAUAAAGUCACUAACUUCUGGUCUGAGGCAUGUUGGUAGAUGCAGACUACUUAGUUGGGGUCUGUGUGACUAUCUUAACCAAUGGUUGGAUACUCUGGAUGACAUGGAUCAGGAUCAAUCCCAAUGGCGUUGGUGUAUACACUCUCUGUCUUUUCUUAAACCGUGAGAUUAAAAUUACUUUAUACCUUUAUUUCUACGAACUAAUUCUUUCGCCCUGUAUUAUAUCCUUGUACGCAAUAUUUCUUUUACAUAUUACUACGACUGAAGUAACUACUAUGAAUUUGGUGAUUAUCUUGUUGUGCUAAUGAGGUGUGGCAACUUGGACCGAUGCAUAUAUGUGCGUGUUUCUACGUUGUAGCUGACUGACUCACUUCAUAACUAUGCUUUGCAGACUACUGGCACGUAUUUUUAAAAUCCUCUUAUCAAAAGAAUACCUUAGUUUCAUCUGGUUAAAAAUUUCUCGAUCUAUGAACCUAGGUUUCCAUCAACCCUGAUGCCUAACUUUGACAGUUACCCAACUAGUAAUUUAUAGCUUAUGAACCUUUAUCGGCUGACAUCUUUUAAUCAUUAAUUUUUGGUCCAAAUUUUAUUAUGGAAAUUUAAAACGCAUAAAAAGAAUUGAUUUCGAAUUAUACUUUCUAAUUAGUAUGUGCAUCAUACUUUUUGUUGCUGUUCUUGUAGUUUCUCUAGUUUAGGUAAUUUUUCACUACUAUAACAGACAUUAUCCUCCACUAGUCGGUUUACAUUUAUUAAAAUCUAGAAAACCUACAUAUGGAUGACGAUGAACUUACUCAAGAGAUUUUGGACCAGUUCGAUCUCAUUUGUACACAACAUCAAUAUGAUCAUGUGUCAGCAUACAGUGGGGAACAUUUAAAUAAACACAGUAUACAUUCAAACAAGCUAUCUAAUUGCUUAUCUCGGUCAACUUCGUUAGAUACAAAGUUGGGAGGGUGCACUCAGACAUCUGACUUCCCACCUAAUGAUCAAACUCCAACUGUUGGACGAAAUGAACUUGAACGGCUAAAGAAAGAAGUAUCUGUUCUACGUGAAGAGCUUUAUAUGAAACUAGGUGAACUUGCUACCAUUAAAGAAUCUGCCAGUCGAACAAAAGCAACCGAUUCUGAUACUAUCAGUAAAUUAGAAUCACAUCUUAAAUCUGAACGAAAUGAUUUCCAACGUAAACUAAGUGAAUUAAAUGCUCAAAUAGCCUUUCGUGAAGCUGACUAUCGAUUAGUAUGCAGUGAACUAGCUCGUAUAAAAGAGGAAGUUGCAUCUAAUAAACAAGUAGUGAACGAACGUUCUGUUGAAUAUUCUCCUGCUUCACAGAUUCUUGUCUCCUUAACUUCCCCAAAUCCUGAUCAUGUUUCUAACCAAAAAUUACGAACGCCUGUCCCUCGUGUUCCAAGCACGGAUUUUCACCUUCCUGCACCAGUUACUCCUAUUCCUAGUAAACGGUAUAAAGUCCCAGUCGGUGGUCGAAUGUGGGAUGUUAAUGUCACAAACAAUUUAGAUGAUAAACUAAAGUCAAAUACAACACCACAAGCUACUGAUAAAAAUGUAGUCUUGAUAGAUAGUGAUGAAAUUACACUGUCAAAUGCAUCGAGGAAACGACAACGAUGUGUUGUGUCACCUGAUACUUCUCCAGAAUACUGUGUUCGCCAAAUUCCUGUAUCUUUAGCUGAUGCAUCCGUUGAAACUACAGACCUACUACAUAUUACCUCUCAUAGUCAUCCCUUGUCUUAUCGAAUUCCAUCCUGUGCUUUUUCAACCACUGAGCCUUUCAGUGAAUUUACUAAAGGAAAUCCUGAAAUGUUAUCAGAAUUAUUAGAUUUGUCUAUUUCAAUUCCUCAGAAUGAAAAGAGCAGGAGUAGCAUUGAUAUUAAUCCCCAAACAACAUUGGUCAUAUCAUCUUUUUCAAUUUCAGAAGAUUCCACUUGGUUGUUAUCAGAUUAUUAUCUCACAGGGUUAAGUAAAUUACUUCCACGACAGUCAGAUAUUCUUAGUGGAAUCCAGUCAUCAUCUGAUAACUAUGUAUCACGACUAAAUUUAGUGGUUAAAAGAUUCUCUGAAUCUGUACCCUACUUAAUACGAAGAAUAGAAGAGCAGUUAAAAGCAUGUAUUCGUGUACUUUUGGAUCCUUAUAAUCGAUAUGUAAGGGAAUCAAUUCAAUCAUGUCAUUAUUCAGACUUCCAAAAAGUCGAGACUGAAGACAUGGAGAUAGCAGAAAAAGAGCAUGAACAACCACCAUCUAUGGAUGUUUCUGAUGAUGCUACCUCACAUGAAAUAUCUUAUUUAGGUGAAGAUCCUUUUGCUGGUGCACCUGCAUCACAAAUUGUCACAUCUCUAACAUAUCCUUCCCAAAUGAAAUCCAUUUCAAAACAAGGAGGAAAUUCUAUCUUAAUGAAAAGAAACAAAUCAUGUCCCUCAGAUGUCGGUUACUGGUCCUCGACUAAUCCUAUUGUUGGUGAUAAUAAAAUAAUUGAUAAUAAUAGCGCUGAUAAAACUACUAGCUGCCCUUCACUUUAUCAUGAAAUUAUGAUUAGUCGAAGUAUACAAGGAAUUAAUCAAUUAAAGUACUUGGCUACAAUUAUUAAUUCUUAUUGUCCUAUUUCAUUUGAAAUGUUUAAUGGAAUGAACACUGAUUUUACUAUGGAUAAUGAUGAACUCCUAUGCAUUGUUAAAGAAUUUCAAAAUCUUAUUCGAACAAUUUCUGGUGUUUUAUCCCGUUUCAUUAAUAAACUUAUAGAUGUCUUUUUUCAAAUGGAAGAAGGAAAAAAUCCAAUUUCAUCAUUAUCAACAACAUUAAUACGGAAUGAAUUAAUUGGUGACAAUGCUACAAAUAUUGCAUGUUCAAUUGAUCAGUCAUCUUUUAAACAAUCUCAGUAUACUUCUUCUAAACGAAAAACUUACAUUACAUCAUUUUGUGUUAUUGUACCUUUAAUUAUAGAAUGUUUAAACUUAGCCUCUGUAUUUGCAGUUUUUAUUAAAACUGAUACAAAUCCAUUGAAAAACAAGGUUUCCAAUACAGAUGUGAAUGGAACAAACUUUUCUGAACUGAACACAUGUUUUCCUCAACUUUUGAAUUGUAUUAUCCUAACAUCAGAGGCUUGUUUUGGUCAAGAUGAUGAAUCAACUGAUGUUACUGCGACCACAAAAAAUCACUGUGGAUCUUCUUUACAUACUGGUAUAACAAAUAUUAUCAAGAAUCGUCCUGUUGUAACCUUAAAACCAUUGAUCAGUUUCCUUCGCUUAUGGAGACAAAUGAUAGCUCAGAAGCAUUGGCCUGGUGGACAUUGUUGUGACCAGUGGUGGGACUUAGACGAUCAAAAUUUUAAUUCAAUAAUCUUGAAAGAUGUCCGUCAACAAUACAUUGAAAAAUUAUUUGGUACAUCUAUAAAAUGUGGUCUACUUUCAUUAUGUUCAUGGAUUUAUCAAAUUUUGAAUCAAUUUAAUGAUUCUACACUUUUAUCAAAUUCAUUAAUUGAUAACAAUAUUGAGUUUUAUCAUUCAGCAGAAAUGCAAAGAAUUAAUUUAUUGAAUGAAUUUUCUGGAAUUAUUGCUGUGCUUACUCAACGUGAAGAUAUAAUUUGGCCUGAUAAUUGUUAUUGUAAGCGUCAGGUUUAUUCAACAUUAGUUUAUUUAGCAACUUAUCCAUUACAAACAUUAUUAACUAUUCCUACUAGUUUAUUAUCAACAUCAUUAAUUCAUCAUCAAUUCACAUUUACAUAUUAUAUAUUAUUAAUGAAACAAAAAUAUUGUUUACUUGCUUUUGGUCAAUUAACACGUGCUUUAAUUGGAUUAUUAUGGAGACAUGGUGAUCAAUGUUUUCAAUCAUAUACUGAUUGUUUACCAGAUUAUUUUUGUUUAAUUACUAAUUUAUCACGUUGGUUUCAAUAUACUAAUCGUAUACAAUUAAUAGGAAAUGAUAAUUAUCAUCAUGAAUUGAAUCAUUCAUUUAAUCUUAAUAAUAAUAAUUUCACAUUAAGACCUGAAUUAAUUGAAGAAUUGUAUGAUUUCGAGUCUGGAUUAGAAACUCCAUCAAAUUCAAAUGUUUUUUGAUUUUGUAUUUUUUUCUUCUCCAUCAUCAUUGUUCAAUUUUGUACAUUUUGUAAAUAAGUUUGUUAUUGUUCUGUAAUUUCGUUUUUGUUUUCAUUCUGUAUAGAUUAUUACUUCUCUUCUUCAUUUCUUUUGAACACUUUCCCCCAUACCACAAAUUAUCGUUCUGUUUACCUCCUGAUGUAGUGAAUUGUUUAAUUCUCUUUGUUUAUUUUACAUUGCAUUUCGUUUCCUCUUUGUUUUCAGAGAGAGAGAUAAAGAGAAACAACAACAUACUGUUCUGUAAAUAUUAUUGAAUAAAAUUACUUGUGAUUUUG